AUGCAGGGGCCCAUGAUCCACACCUUCGAGGCGGAGUUUCCCAAGCCAGCUGGAUCUCGCCUUGGUAUCCAGCUGUCGUUGGUCAACACACCCGACAGGGAAGGCUUGGUCGUCGAAAAGGUAGCCGACGGAGGGGCGGUGGAUGCGUACAACAAGAAAAGCCCAGAGGGCUACAGGAUACAGGAGGGAGACUUGGUGGUCAAGGUCAAUGGUGUUAACGCUGAUGGCCCGCUGGCACACCAUAUGCCAGCGAUAGCUGGUAAAGUCAUGGAGGCUUCUACCAUCCGACUGGAAGUGAGAAGAUACUGUGCAGGACCCAACUUGGCGAAUUCAGGCAGUGCAGCAGUGUCCAAGUCGCCGAACCUGCUUCCUCCACCCAACUUUCAGGAAGUCUCCGGCAACUGGACCGGGACGGGCUCCUCGCAGCCUGCAGAUGCAGACGCUGGUGCCUUGGGCCGGCAUGGCUGGAAGGUUCAGAGCCAGACGGCCCCGACAGCGCCGUUCUUCUCAGACAUGCCAAGCGAUGGUGCGACUGCUUGUGGUGCACAGGCGCAGAGCCAAGCGGACGUGGACUCCUUGUUGAUGCAGCAGGGCCAGGCCCUGGCCAGGCAGUCCAUGGGCCUGCCGCGGCCUUUCUGCAUAAAUCGGCAUGGGCCAUUGGGCGACUUUUGGGGCUCUGCCUAG